GAUUUGACGGAAGUCUGACUGACGUCUCCAGCGACUGCAGGUUCGAGUCGGCUUAAGUGCUGGAUUUACAGAAGUCGUGUUAAAUACAUUUGGAGUAACAAUGGCAGUGAAUACAGGGACAUCUCUGGUGCUGUCCACUCUGUUGUCAGUGCUGGUCUUUGCAGGCAUGCAGAUGUUCAGCAAGCAGCUGGCCUCUUCUGAGUGGCUCACCAUCCUGGGAGGCUUUCUGGGUUCAGUGCUUUUUAUCUGCUCACUUACUGCAUUCAACAAUCUGGAGAACCUGGUCUUUGGCAAAGGCUUCCAGGCAAAGAUCUUCCCAGAAAUUAUUUUGUGUCUGUUUCUGUCCAUGUUUGCCUCUGGUCUGGUGCACAGAGUGUGUGUCACCACAUGUUUAAUAUUUUCUGUCUUCGCCCUCUACUACAUCAACAAAGUGUCAGCAGCUCUUUAUCAGGUAGCUGCUCCCACCACAGCCCCCGUCAAAACCGCUGGCAAGAGCAAGAAGAAGAACUGAAACUGCCCUGAACAGUCCCAACGAUCACAGAAACACUUAUAAUCUGGAACUCUUAUGUUUUAUUUUCCCUUUCUAGCAUUUCUACAUUCCCAUUUCCCAGCCCAGUCAGGAGUUAAAUGAAGAUUUUCACCCAUCAGGUUCAUGUACAUAUUAAUAUGUUUACACAGAUCAUUGUUUUAGUUCACAUAGUGCAGGUGAUUCCCGAGUGGGACUGGAAACAACUGUUGUAGCUAUGUAAACUGCUUACCUUUAAAACAUAUUUUUGUUAAUGGAUUUGAUAUUAAAACACUUUGAUACAUGUA